CGCUCAAAGAAAUGCUUGCGGUUGAAGGUCUUACCACCGAACACUGUUCAUUUCAUACAAAAGACACGGUCCAGCAAAAUACACCAUUUCACCAAGACAGAUAUACGAAGCCCGUGAUUACUACGAAUUACUGUUUGCCAAAACGCGUCCGAUUUGCUGACGAGGAAGGUGGGAAGCUCUGCGUGACACGGGUCUAUGAAAGCUCACCACCGUAUUACCGACCAGCGACGAGCCAUCUGAAAAUUGAGAAUCGUAUAAAAUCGUACAAAGUUGUGUACGACGAAACAAGGUUAUUUCUUAAAAACAUUUGCGUCGUGGCUUUCGGGAUCGUCUCCGGUAAAAGUGUAUUUGGAGUCAUCGCUGUUCGAAAUAUUUCAUAUGAGAAGUCGAUAAUUGUUCGUUUUACGACGGAUUGUUGGAAGGCUUGUCGUGAUAUCCCAGCGAAAUACAUUCGCCAGGAAUAUGAUGGACUUGUGGAUCAGUUUUUCUUUAUUCUACCCUUUGGAGAGGAUGAAUCUAUCGAUAUAGAAUCAAAUUUAGAAUUUGCAGUACGUUACACGGUAAAUGGUGUCGACUAUUGGGACAACAACAGGGAACAAAAUUAUGGCUUUGUGUCUAAACCAACCAAGAUAUUGUUCCCUUGAAGCUAAUUUGUCUUUUUUCAUAGUUCCAAUAUUUUUUAGUAUUUUUGUAAAGUUUCAGUAAAACUUCGCUGUAUUUAAUGUAUUAAAGUUUUGUUAUAUGCACUUCCAAAAUAAAUAAUCAAUGUAAAUAAAAAAAUAAAAUAAAUUUCGCUACUUC